AUGGAAGCAGAAAACCACACGGAUGUAUCAGAAUUUCUCCUAUUGGGUCUCUCAGAUGAUCCUGACCUACAGCCCCUUCUCUUCGGGCUGUUCCUGUCCAUGUACCUGGUCACGGUGCUCGGGAACCUGCUCAUCAUCCUGGCUGUCAGCUCUGACGCCCACCUGCACAUGCCCAUGUACUUCUUCCUCUCUGUCCUGUCCUUUGUUGACAUCUGUUUCACCUCCACCACCAUUCUCAAGAUGCUGGUGAACAUCGACACGCACAGCAAAGACAUCUCCUACACGGGAUGCCUCACUCAGAUGUAUUUUUUCAUGAUGUUUGGUGGACUGGAUAACUUCCUCCUGACCGUGAUGGCCUAUGACCGGUUUGUGGCCAUCUGCCACCCCCUGCACUACACGGUCAUCAUGAAGCCCCACCUCUGUGCCCUCCUGGUUCUGAUGUCUUGGUCCAUCAUUUCUCUGGUCGCCCUGGUUCAUGUCCUACUUAUGAUGAGGCUGACCUUCUCUUUAGGCACUGAAAUCCCACAUUUCUUCUGCGAACUGGCUCAGCUCCUCAAGGCGGCCCGCUCUGAUACCUUCAUCAAUAACAUCUACUUGUAUGUCACAACUCCACUGCUAUGUGUGUUUCCCGUCAUGGGGAUCCUCUAUUCCUACUCUAAAAUUACCUCCUCUUUAAUGAGGAUGUCCUCCACUGCGAACAAGUACAAAGCAUUUUUCACCUGUGGGUCUCACCUCUGUGUGGUUGCUUUGUUCUACGGAACAGCACUUGGGGUCUACUUCAGUUCUGCUAUGACCCCUUCUUCCCAAAGCAGCGCCAUUGCCUCGGUGAUGUACACAGUUGUCACCCCCAUGCUGAACCCCUUCAUCUACAGCUUGAGGAACAAGGACGUGAAGGGGGCCCUGGGAAGACUGCUCAGCACGGCAGCCUCCCGUCUGUGA